CUUGAACAGACGGUUUUUAUAUCGCAGCCACUCAGCUUGGAUUUGCAUUGGUUGCGAUUGAUAUUACAUCUAACAUUGUCACAUCUAAGUUUCAUUGCCUAUAAAUACAACUAAAAAGUGUGAUUGAAGGGUGAAACAUUACAGAUAUAGGAUCUCGGUUUGAUUUGCAUAUCUAUUGAGUUGUCAAUAAAAGCUUCUACGCUUGGCUUAAGAAAACAUCGCACGGCAAACAGGAAUAAAUCGGGCGCGAAACGCAGCUUGAUAAAGUUACCAAACAAAAUCUUGGUGGUGAAAAGCAUGACGAUGAUACUCACGGGAAAAAUGAUUGGAUGAGUUUCACGGUGACAAUGUCUGACAUCCACUAACCAGAACAGCGCCAUGGAGGAAUUUACACUCGUUAUGAGUACUACUAACGAAACAGACGUUGCUGAUCCUAAUGCAGGAGAAACUUCCAAAGUUGAACUAUAUAUAGUCAUGGUGAUAUUGUGUAUAUUCACAAUUGUCGGAACUGCUGGCAAUGGGCUCGUGAUAUACGUCUACUCUCGUAAAAAGGAUAAACUGACAUCCACGUUGUUCAUUCUAGUGCUAGCAGUUACAGAUUUUAUGACUUGUUUGAUUAUAGUACCAUAUACUAUAGUGAUGGAGUACAUGGGGUUUAUAAUAGGAGAUCAUGAUCUUGCGUGCAAGGUCUACCAGUUUCUCAUAACAUGUAAUGUUCCAUUCUCUGCCUUCAUAAUGGCAGCCAUUGCUGUGGACAGAUACCUUUGCAUCUGUCAUCCGUUCCUUCAUGCCAUGAACCCGUUCAGGGCGAAACUGAUAGUGUUUGCACUUUUGAUACUAGCCUUCAGUUUGGGGACAUUUACCUCACUAGCUUUUGGUGUAUAUAAUCAUAAAACAUUUAAUGAAACUUACACUACGGUGAACGUGACUUCACUGGGGAACGUAACACGUGAAACCACCAUAGAGGUGACGCGAGUGGUGCUGAACGGAGCAUGUGCAGGAAAUACUCUCAUUCUGAGCAAUGCUAUACUUCUUGUGUACCAGAAAGUAUACACCUCUCUAUAUGCCAUCUCCUUCGUUAUUGUUGUCGUCCUCUACACCUUGAUCGUAUACAGUGUUCUUAUCAGAAUGCGCAUGCGUCAACGACAGAAACGCUCCGUUUUAUUGAAAUGUGAGAUGUCGACUAAUAGUUCUCCAUCUUGCCUUCCAUCGGAAACUGUUGCUCUAAACGGGAGCAAUCUUGGGAAGAAUGGGCAUUCUAUAAAAGACCCAAAGGGAUUCAAAAGAAAGGCCAGCAAAAAGGACAAAAAUGUAAUGGCUAAUUUGAGAAUGGCGAUGAUGCUUUUUGUGGUGACACUAGUGUUUAUUGUCGCGUUUCUUCCCGCCUUUUUAAUGGCCCUUGAACUUAUCCCGUACAGUCUGGUAGUCUUCUACAUGUAUUUUGCUUAUAACGUCGCCAAUCCUAUCAUAUAUUCAUUCAUGAAUAGGAAUUUCAGAGACGAUCUCAAAAAGAUUUUUAACUGUUUAUAAUUCCUUAUCGUAUGAUCAUGCAAAAAAUAAAGAACUUGUAAAUUAGUCAUGAAUAUACAAUUGGAAAUUGAUAAGAACAUCGCUGGUAAAAUAAAUCUUAUCGAUUAACAAUUCGAUUAGAAUCACAUAAGAAAUCAUUGAAGAAAGAAUAGGGCGCAACAAACCAUUUUUAGCGUCAUGGUAAUAAAAAUUGAAUUACGCCAUAGGUAAGCGGAAGAAUGAACCAUUUAAUGUUAUCGAUGUGCUGCCCGAGAUAAUCUAAAAAGUAAUUAAUAAUAGAGGCUAUACACAUGUGUCGCUCCAGACAGACAUAUGAGAGGGUUUAUGGUUUCUGCCGUCACGCCCACUGAACAAGCAGAAACAAAUCCUCCGAUUAUAUUACCCGACGACUGCGGAUGGACCAUAAAGUUGUCAUUGAAAUGUUUACACCACCACCGUAAAUCAUAUUAUGCAUGUACUUAUAUUAUAGUAGCU